AUGGAUCAAAAAAGUCGUCGACACCACCGCCCGAGCGACGAGCAGGCAGGCACGGAUCCGACCUCAUGCCCACUCAUGCGAUCAUGCGUGCGAACUGCGAGCAGCCUUCUGCACGGCUGGCGGACGCCCUCGGCCCGCUGCAAUGGCUUCCCGCGCACCUCACGCCUGCUUGAGCGCCUGCCGCCCCUCGCCAGAAGCUAUGCGCAGGCCUUCCGUCCCCAGUCAGAGCUCGAGAAGCGCAUCGCCGACAUCCCCAUCGACCGCUACCGCAAUUUCUGCAUCGUCGCCCACGUCGACCAUGGCAAGUCGACCCUCUCGGACCGCCUGCUGGAGAUCACGGGCACCAUCCAGCCCGGCGGCCAGAAGCAGUUCCUCGACAAGCUCGACGUGGAGAGGGAGCGCGGCAUCACUGUCAAGGCACAGACAUGCAGUAUGAUAUACAAUCACGAGGGGCAGGACUACCUGCUGCAUCUGGUAGAUACGCCCGGCCACGUCGACUUCCGAGCCGAGGUGUCGCGGAGUUACGCCAGCUGUGGAGGGGCCCUGCUGCUGGUGGAUGCCAGCCAGGGCGUGCAGGCGCAGACAGUCGCCAACUUCUAUCUCGCCUUCGCCCAAGGCCUCACGCUGGUCCCCGUGCUGAACAAGGUCGACCUCCCCCACGCCGACUCGCCGCGGGUGCUUGAGCAGAUGCACGAAACCUUCGAGCUCGACCCCAAAGACGCCGUACUUGUCUCAGCCAAGACCGGCCUCAACGUCGCUGCCCUCCUUCCUACCGUUGUCGACAAGAUACCCGCCCCAGUCGGCGAUCUGAAGAAGCCUCUCCGCAUGCUCCUCGUCGAUUCGUGGUACGAUGUAUACAAGGGCGUCAUCCUGCUGGUGCGCAUAUUCGAUGGGCAGGUGCGGCCUGGGGACACCAUACGCUCCUUCGCAACCAAGCUGAAGUACAUCGUGGGCGAGGUCGGCAUCAUGUACCCCGACCAGACCCCGCAGACGGUGCUCAAGGCCGGGCAGGUGGGCUACAUCUACUUCAACCCUGGCAUGAAGCGCUCGCAAGAGGCCAAGGUCGGCGACACCUACACCACCAUCGGAUCUGAGAAGCUGGUAGAGCCAUAUCCAGGCUUUGAAGAGCCCAAGAGCAUGGUCUUCGUCUCCGCCUUCCCCACAGACCAGGACCUCCAUGAGCAUCUCGAAGACAGCAUCCAGCAGAUCAUCCUCAACGACCGCAGUGUUACAUUGCAAAAGGAAUCGUCCGAUGCUUUGGGGGCUGGCUGGCGCUUGGGCUUCUUGGGCACACUGCACUGUUCCGUCUUUGAGGACCGCUUGCGUCAGGAACACGGUGCCAACAUCAUCAUUACACCGCCCUCAGUACCCUUCAAAGUCAUUUGGAAAGACAGCACCGAGUCCAUCAUCACCAACCCCAAUGAGUUCCCCGAUCAAGACCAAGCGCAUUUCAGAGUGCAGGAGGUCCAUGAGCCCUACGUAUCUGCAACCAUCACGAUGCCUGACGAAUAUCUUGGUGAGGUCAUCAAGCUUUGUGAGGCCAAUCGCGGCGAGCAGAAAGAGCUUACCUUCUUCACCGCCACCCAAGUCAUUCUCAAGUACGACAUCCCGCUGUCGCAUCUUGUUGAUGAUUUCUUCGGCAAACUCAAAGGCUCCACCAAAGGUUACGCCUCUCUUGACUACGAAGACGCAGGCUUCCGCAGGUCGUCCAUCAUCAAGCUCAACCUACUUGUCAACGGCUCCCCAGUCGAUGCCGUGUCGCGCGUGCUGCACACAUCGCAAGUUGAUAGAGUGGGCCGCAUAUGGGUCGAGAAGUUCAAGGAGCAUGUCGAGCGACAAAUGUUUGAGGUCAUCAUACAGGCUGCAGCCGGCAGGAGAAUCGUGGCGCGAGCUACCAUCAAGCCGUACCGCAAGGAUGUCCUCGCCAAGCUCCAUGCUAGUGAUCUCAGCAGACGGCGCAAGCUCCUCGAGAAGCAGAAGGAGGGCAGGAAGAAGCUGAGGUCGGUAGGAAGUGUCGUUAUCGAGCAGGAAGCGUUCCAGAAGUUCUUGGCCAAAUAG